CUAAACCUGGCAAUUUCAGGUCUGCAUUUUGCUGGUUUGAAAGACAUUUCGCUGCGCACGCCGAUGCGAUUACCAUACCCACAUAUAAUAGCGUCACUAGUCGACGACUUCAGGAGUUUGAUAAGUCGACGUUGUCUGUUCGAUGAACCCUUUGAAAUUUAAUCAUAAACUUUAUGAGAAACUAUAUCACACGUCGAUGCUUAGUGUGAGCGACAGGGAUGGAUUUUUUGUGUGCCGUACUAGGCUAUAUUCCGUCUCCUACAAUCUUCCACUCAACUACAAUCUCCGAGCAAUGACAGAGCUCUAGACACACGAUUGCUUUCAGAAAAUUCUACGAUGCAGUGCGAUGCAAAGUUGUGUUUUUCAAAAUCGAUCUUUUUUUCGUGUAUAUUGAGGGACUUUCAUGAUUCUAUUCCUCAAAAAUGAGCGUAAUCAUUGGACACGCUGGAUACACCUGUGCAACAUUUUGCUCAAUGACCCCAGAAUCUUGCACUAGACCAGCCGCUGUCAUGUGCCGUUGUCGGAGUAUUUUAUUGAUAAAAGAGUGGAAAUGAAUAUAACAGGAAGUUGAUAAAGCGUAUAAUUUUUCCCGCAAUAAUGAGAUGGGUAUGUAACUGUCUCGAUUUCAGUGCGGAGGUCCGCCUAUGCAGUCUUGUCCAAGUUUUUCAGAACUCUGACAUUGUCAUAAUAUUGUAAAAAACUAAGAAACCCAACAUGGAUCAGUCAACGACAUUGGACAUCGAGGCGCUUAAGAUGACCCAGGAACAGUACGUCCUGGCCUCCCAGUCCAUCCACCUCCAGCGGCCGGGCUGCGACGCUGUCUACCCCGUGGGCCUGUACGGCUGGAGGAAGAGAUGCCUCUACUUCUUCCUGCUGUUGCUGCUGGUCAUCAUGAUAGUCAACCUGGCUCUCACCGUGUGGAUAAUAAAGGUCAUGAAUUUCACCGUGAACGGAAUGGGAGACCUCCAGGUGAGCAGGGAUGGCAUCCGUCUGGAGGGGAUAUCAGAGUUCCUCCUGCCCCUCUACGUCAACGAGAUCCAGUCGAGAAAGGACAGCCCAUUGGUCUUGCGGGCCGAGAGCAAUGUAACACUUAACGCCCGGAACAGCCAAGGCCAACUCACCGGGCAGCUAACAGUGGAUUCUGAGGCAGUGGAGGUCCAGUGCCAGAGGCUGGUGGUACGGAGCUCAAAUUCAGAGAGACUUCUGUUCUCAGCAACUGAGGAGCAGGUCAGCAUAGGAACGGACAAACUCACCGUUACCGGUGCAGAGGGAGCUGUGUUUGGUCACUCGGUAGAAACGCCACUCAUCCAGGCGGUCGCCUCACAAGACCUGAAGCUGGAGUCCCCGACGCGCACCCUGACCAUGGAGGCCCCCAGGGGAGUGGAGGUCAGCGCCCGGACGGGGGGGCUGAAGGCCUUGUGUCGGAAAGACCUGCACCUCCAGUCCACCGAGGGAGAGAUCUUUUUAGACGCCGCCGCUGUCCGACUGGAGACCCUGCCCCUCGGCACCUACGCCGCGUCCUCAGGCCCCUCCUCCUCCUCUCCCCGGGCACAGAAGGUGUACGAGGUGUGCGUCUGCCCCAGCGGCAAGCUCUACCUCUCCCCCGCCGAGAGCAGCUCCACCUGCCAGGCUGUCGGCAACAUCUGCCUCUGGAGCUGACCUGGCACUGGCGCCGGCGGAGACCUCGUGGCCCUGGUUCGAGGACCCGUCUACCUGCUGGGGGUCUGCCUCGUCAUCCGACUACGCACCAGAGACGGGCACCGUUUGGUGACGUCCGACUCUAGGCCUGUCCAUAGCGCAUGCCCGAGGGCAGCAGUAACUGUCGCCCGUCACAACAUGCAGUCCACCACGGAAGGCCUUGGGGUGCUCUCCGCUGCUCCCUCGCCAACAGUCCGGAACUUUCCAGCACUGCAGAUUCCAGAGAUAAACGCCUUAUGCAUCAGUUAGUUCCUGAUAAGGAGAAAGGGCAGGGAACACAGGUGCCUUUUCUAUAGAACAAGGAACACGGAGUAGACUAUACUUUGUCGGGGUGUCUGCAUCUUGCAUAGAACAGUCGAGGGAGCACAAUUCUGCCAUUUUCUUCUUUAGUUAUUCACAACUUUUUGGAGUGUUGGGUCUUAAGAGAAUGCUUGAUUCCCAUUGUUCAUGUUAUUACUUACUGUUUAGGAUUUCCCAUGUUCAAUUGAUGUUUUCUAUACUGUAUUCCAAAUGUCUAUACUGUACUUUGAAACAAAACUGUUUUGAUAAAGACAUUUGAAAUGGUACUGAUAAAAUGAUACAAGUAGCGUACUUACAAAGAUACCUUUAAAAAAAAAAACUGCAUACAGUUUACAAGAUCCUUAAAAUAAAGGUCUCCUGCGUGGAGCCCAUUCUUGCUCCGCCAUCCCAUCCCAUGGCCCAUGAACCCCAGCAGCAGAUCUCAGAGAAGCAGCCGUGCGUCAACUUGGCCGACCAGACAGUCACUUCUGCUCCACUUCCUGGUUGACCUGUGUCCGGCACCACCCCCUCCCACAGAGCUGAGAGAACAGGACCCAGUGUCAAAUUAUCCAUUACAAGGCAGUUUCCCCUCACACAGCAGUGAGUAUUGCUCUUAUAAGAAUACUGGGGCCAUGCUGUUUAAAGAAUGCUAUUUCAAUGUUUAUACCCUGCAGCAAUUCUCACCAUAAUUGGGGAUUGCCACCCCAGGACUGUUGAAUUGACACCAGGUAUGUGCUGCCACCUGUUGGGUUAAUGAUGCCUUUAACAAGCACAUAGCAUUGAUGUAGUGAGUUUUGCAUGUGCUCUAAGUGUGUGUGUGUGUGUGUAAUGUGAGUUAUUAGUUCACAAGCUUCACAAAUACAGCAAGACCAAAACAGAGAAAAGGGGACACUUUUUUUAUUUUUUAUAUUCCCAUUCUAAAGAGUAAGAACACUGACAUAAUUUAGUUAUUUCAAUACCUGGAAUGGUAGCAAUGAUUAUUUAAAAUCAGAAUAAAAAGCAUGGUUGCAUUUGUUUGAACAAAUGUAACUUUACAAGGAUUGCUGACGUAGUAGCUAGAGGUGGCACAUUAAUGCUCAUGUUACAGCAGCACCGGCUCCUUGCCUAAGCAGAUAUGUAAAGAAAUGGCCAAUACUCACUUAAAACAUCUUUGAUUUCAACAACAUAAAAAAAUGGAUUCCCACCACCAGGCAGAAUUGAUAUGAGUGGAAAUCUGGAAAAUAA